GAGAGGGGGAGAGAGAGAGAGAGGUGAGGAGUACAGAGUAAAUUGGACAGUGCUGACCCGGUGGAUCGUGUAGAGCUGAGCGGGAUGUCGUGGUCCAUGCUCUCACCCGUGCAGUGGGCCAAGUGGACGUGGUCUGCCGUUCGGGGCGGGGGAGAGGAGGAGGAGGGUAGGAGGGAGGAAGAGGAGGAGGAGGGUCGCGGGGCAUUCGAGGAGCGUAUGACUGUGGAGGAAGAGUUCUCUCCUGAGGAGGAGAAGUCACGCGGAUGCAGCUCCGACUCAGAGGGCCACUUCGAGACGCCCGAGGCAGAGUCGCCCAUCCGCCUCCCAUCGGUAGAGCUGGCGGACCCCAACGCCAACAGCCCAGCAGAUCUGAAGGAGGAUGGUCAGGUGAUCUCCGGGACCGCCGAAGUGCAGAACUCCUUCCUGGAUCAAAACUUCAACUCUGAGCUUCCCCCAGCCCCCCUGGUCGGUGCCACAACCGGGCCCGUCGCGGUGGAGGGCGGCGUGGACACGCUCAACAACCUAACUGAAAGACCUCAGCCUGAGGCGUACCCAUCCCCGGUCCCUGUGGUGCCAGAGCCAAUAAAAGACACUCUUCCAGACAUGCCUGACGUGGGUGUGGCUCUUGGUGGCGAGAAACUGUGCAACGGGCACAGCAAUGAGGCGGAGCCGCAGCCGCAAGUCAAACCCGAAAAGGCCAGGCCCCCGCCUCUGAAGCUGGAGGAGACGCUAAACGGGCCCGACCUGGAAAAGGCGGGAGAUGUUGACGAGAUCCCAGCCCCCAAGGCCAGCUACAACUUUGACCCGGACCAGUAUGACGACAACUUCAACCCCUUCGCCAGUGGCGGUUCAAAGCUGCAGAACUCUCCGCCCCCGUGCCGCGGUGCCACGCCCCCGGUGGAGGAGGCCGCCCCCGACGCCAAACCCGUCAAAAUGGAUUUCGGGGUGGUGGGAGAUGGCGGGAGCGUGGAGGCCAAGAGGCCACCGCCGAGGAAACUGGGAAAGAAGCCCCCCAGCAAACUGCAGGCCCCCAAAAUACAGAGGCCCAAAGCAGCACAGCCAGCCCCAGAGCCGGCAGUCACCCACGGCUCAGAGGAUGUCCCCAUCACAAAGUCCUCCUACAGCUGCGACCCCAGCCAGUGGGACGACCCCAACUUUAACCCAUUUGGUAACAAAGCCAAAAUGAGCAACUCUCCAGUUCUCCCCAAGGGAUCCUACAGCUUUGACCCCACCAACUUUGACGACACUGUAGACCCCUUUAAGCCCUCCAAGAGCUUAGCUGGUGGUGGCUUGCCUAAGGCGGCUCCUCCAGCUGAGAAGCUGGCAGACGAACCAAUCAAGCAUAAACUGGAGCUCCCCCUGGAGGAGGAGGAGGGGAAGGGCAGGCAGUCGCCGAAGAAGAACAAAUCCAGGAUAAUCACGACAACUGAGCAAGUGAGGUUUCUCUGUUUUCUGUUGAACGCCUGCAAAGUGCAGAAAUAUGAAAACGAGUCUCUGGUUUUGGACGUCUGCGGUGAGGAGGAAGAGCAGGUGGUGACGCGGGCUCCCAACAUCUCCCAGCGCGUGGCCCACGCCACCGACGAGGAGAAGCUGGCCUCCACGGUGUCGGCUCCUAAACCGGGCCGGAGCGAGAAGGCGGACGAGCUGCUCCAGUGUGCCAACCUGCCCGCCAGCACCAAGAGGCUGCCGAGCGACGGGUCUCAGAUGAAGAUCACAGACAGACUGGAGGAGAAGGACUUGUGUUCCUCUGAAAACAGCUCCGUGUGCUGUCCCUCCGAGCCGCUGAAAACCACAAGCACAAAACCGGCAACAGGAAACGAGGGCCACGACAAAGGAAGUCCGGUUUUAGACUCCAUCUGUAUCAGCGAAGCGGACAAGGCAGCUGUCCUCACCCUAAUCAGAGAAGAGAUCAUCACCAAAGAGAUCGAGGCCAACGAGUGGAAGAAGAAGUACGAGGAGAGCAGACAUGAGGUCAUAGAGAUGAGGAAAAUCGUAGCGGAGUACGAGAAGACGGUGGCGCAGAUGAUAGAGGACGAGCAGCGCACCAACAGGACCUCCCAGAGGACCGUUCAGCAGCUGACCGUGGAGAGGGACCAGGCCCUGGCCGACCUCAACUCUGUGGAGCGCUCUCUGUCCGACCUCUUCCGGAGGUACGAGAACAUGAAGGCCGUCCUGGAGGGCUUCAAAAAGAAUGAAGAGGUGCUAAAGAAGUGUGCCCAGGAGUACCUGGCCCGAGUCAAACAGGAGGAGCAGCGUUACCAAACGCUGAAGAUCCACGCUGAGGAGAAACUGGACAAGGCCAAUGAGGAGAUUGCUCUGGUCCGUUCCAAGGCCAACUCUGAGAGUGUGGCUCUUCACGCCAGCCUGAGGAAGGAGCAGAUGAAGGUGGAGUCUCUGGAGAGGGCCCUCGAGCAGAAGAAUCAAGAGAUUGAGGAGCUCACCAAGAUCUGUGAUGAACUGAUUGCAAAGCUGGGGAAAACAGAAUAAAAUAAACCCCACCUUUACCCCUCCCAUACCUCCUCCGCGCUAUGCAUGUGACAACUAUCCACACCUGGCGUUGCCCGGGAGCCAACCCACUCACCUGGAUGCAGGUGUAGGCUGACUCAUUCGGACACUGUGCUUGGAUUUUUGGAUUUUCUUUUUUCAGGAAAUAAGUACUGUCUCUUAUUUUACUCUGAAACUCAGCAGAAGAACAAAGACUUGAGAAAGACUAUGAGAAUAAAAUCCAGCAACUGGAAAUCUAAGAUAACUU